CUUCUUUUCUUCCCCUCUUCCUCUCUCAUAUAUACUCUCUUCAUUUUCCUACCUUUUUCAUACUCACAAUUUUGGACCAUAUUUAUAUUUAUGGAGCCAUCAUCUGACGAUCAGCCCCGAACCUCCGACCUUGCGUCAUCUUCCGGCGAGGGAUCACGCUCUUCGGCUGCCGGACCGCCGGCGCAGUCUCCGGUUGGGUUCAUGGGCAAGCACCGGAUGGCGGCCGCCGUCGCCUCCCUCGAUCACCAAAUUCAAUUGAUUCAGGAAGAGCUGCAGCGACUCGAAACACUCGGGGAAUCUUCAAUUGUCUGCAAAGAGUUGGUCUCAAGUGUUGAAUCCGCUCCAGAUGCUCUUCUACCAGUGUAAGAAACUAUGAAUUACUAUUACUACACCAGAUAUAAUAACUUAUGCUUGAGACAAAAGGUCCAAAAGAAGUUGGCUGGGAUAGGUGGUUCCAAGGAGCCAAUGGCUCGAGGCGUCAAAAGAGAUGGAUUUAAUAUUUGGAUGAAACUUUGGAAUUCUUUUUAUAACAAGGAAAAUAUGUAGUUAUUAUCUGAGGAUUAAGAAUUUGUACUGGUUAAAUUAGAAUUUUUUAAAAAAAUAAGAUUUCAUGUAACUGAGGAUAAUUAAUUACAAAACAUUAUUAUUUUAUCUGCCACACAAAUUUUCCACUUUAUCGAGAUUUGUAUUACUAUACUAAAUAAUCUCAUCUUUAUUUCACAUAAA